AUGACGCAAACAACCCAGAUGAAAAUGGUGGUGAUGAUGAUGAUAAGUAUGUUCCAUCUGUGCAGACGUCGAAAAGGACGUCACAGUCACUCCUCACGGUAGAGGAAGAUCGUUUAUUCAUUCGAACUUUUUCCAAGCUCAUCCACUCAACAAAAACAAUUGCGAUGAAAACAGUGGCAGAAACCAUACAGAAAGACCCUAAGCUUUCUCACCUACUUAAAACGAUGACCCACCACCAAUUGGCCGAUAGGGUGCGUUCAGAGCAAAAAGCCAUUGUUCGUGCCGACCAGAGAAAGGGGCUGCAGAAAAAGGCUAAGAAAUAA